AGGACCUGCAGCUGUCUCGUGAGUCCCGGCCCGUGCAGCCCAAGUCCUGCUCCAUGUCCACCACGUCACGCUCGAGCAUGCGCAGUGAGCAGUUCACGGACGACACCAGCAGCAUCAGCGCCAAGAGCGACGCCAGUGUGGACAGUCUGGUCUUUGACGCUAACUUUGGUG